AUGGCGUCUUCCUUUUUCAUAUUCUCUCUCAUCAUCCUCUCUCUCUCCUCCUCCGCCAUCUGCUUCUCUCUUUCCACCCUCCUCAACGCCGCCUAUAUCCUCUCCAACUCCAACUACCUCUCAAUGUCCCUAACUCUCCAACUCGCCGCCAAUUCCAAAACCCUAGCUCUCCAUUUCUCCAAAGCUACCGUCUUCGCUCCUUCCGGCCAGGCCUUCCUCCGCUCCGGCCAGCCUUCUCUGCUCCUCCUCCGCUACCACGUCUCGCCGUCAAGAAUCCCCGCCGAAACGCUCAAGACUCUUCAUCGCGGCACCAGAAUCCCCACUCUGAUUCCGGAUCACUCUCUCGUAGUCACAGCUUCGCCGAAUUACGACGGAUAUUUGUCCCUCAACAAUGUCAGAAUCAACGACAAUGACGUGUUGGACGACGGCUCUGUGGUUAUAUGCGGCGUCGACGACUUCUUGAGCUCGCCUUUCGAGUUUUCUCCGAAUCCGGAGGACGUACUUUUGCUCGAUCGCGAAAUUUCUAAGGUCCAGAGGCUAUUCUACGAAGUUCACGAUUUUGCGCCGGUCGAUCAAGCAUUCAAAGAAGAUGAGGCGAAUAAUAUUGGUGAUUACGCGGCGAUUUUCCGCCGACAUGUGGUGCCGAGAUGGGUGCAGUGGAAGGACUCGACUCGGUGUGAGGUUGAGACGAAGUUACUGACGUGUUCGCCAGGAUUUACGAUCAAUGUGACGGUGGCCGACGGCGUUCCUAUGCUGAAUGGUUUGCCGGUUGCGUUUCGAGAAGUAUAUCGCGGCGAGUGGUUGGUUGUUCAUGGACUUAACGGUUUGAUCAAGGGUUUGAUUCAUCCUUUCUCUGAUGGAGAUGAUGUUGCCGAGGAAACUGAUUAG